UUUUUUUAGCUGGUGUUCCUACCUUAACUAAAAAGCCUAUAUGAUCUGUUUUUUUGAGGGGGUUUCUUGCCUCUUUUUUUCAUAUUGUCUUUUUUUUAGGUCAAGAGAAUAAGUCUAAAAUGAGCAUGUUGUCUCAGCAAAAGAAACACGUUGGCUUAUUCAGAAAAAAAACAUAAGCUUUUUUGCCCAAAUAAGAGAAUGGGAUUCGGUUACAGCAGUAACUUAUUAUCUGAUCAAUUCAUUGGGUCAAGUUUUUAAUUCCACGGCCCAAAUCAGCAUAAAUAGCAUAUUACAUCACUUUUUUAUUUUAUUGAUUUUAUUCAAGUAUGCCUACUAACCCGGCUUCUGCUGUUUCAAGAGUCGCAGACUAUUUCUUUGUCGCCGGUCUUCAUGAUGAUCGACUCUUGCCUGCUUAUGAAUUCGCUAGAAAAAACCCUGAAGAGAAUGAUGCUGAUUAUUACCAACAACAAGAACACGCUGUGGCCAAUAAUGGAAAAAUAGCGCCCAAUAGACCUCAUCUAGACAAGAUCAACCGUCGCCGUGGCAAGAGUAUGAUUGUCAAAGGCUCAAAAACAACACUAGAAGCACCUUUGUUGAGAUCGAGUUUAUCUGAAGCAGCCACAUCGACAUCAUUGAUGGGUGUGCUUGAUCAUGUACAAUUGGUGAUUGACAAUUUUGAUAAAGAACGUGACCAUGCUCGAGAUAGCGUGAUUGCUGUUCAGAACCCCAUUUUGAGUACUGAAAAUAAGCGAUACUCAGCUGGAAAUUUAUCUAGGCGUCCAACUCGAAAGUGGAGAAGUCCUUCUGAUCCCAAUCCCUAUCAGGAAACACCCAGCAACACUGCAUUGGCUCAGCAAGAGUCUACCAGUUUACCCAAUAUUUUUGAUUUGAAAUAUACGCCUACUAUAUUGAUGCGAUAUCCUAAAAAGGAUUAUUCGUCCACAGAGGCAUUUCCAGCGUAUGCAGCCAUGUUUUGUUUUCCUAAAGAUAUCUCACUGUUUUGUGGCGAGACACCGCCACCUGAACAAGGCCAUUCAUUCACAAUGACAGACGAACAUGGCGCCACAGUCUAUGGUACAUGUAUUGUAUUCUAUGAGAAACUCGUCGACAAACUAAAACAACCUGUGGAUAAAGCGAUUCAGGGAUGGGUGAAGACCAACAUGACACCCAGUAGUAUUGAAUAUGCUCAUCAUUUACAAGAGAAAAUCAAGCUAGAAAAGACGCAGCUUGAACAAGCCAAAAGCGAAUUAACUGAUCAUAAAGAGAGUGCAGAAGAAAAGAUUCGAAGCUGUCAAGAGAAUAUGGAACUCUAUCAUGAAUUAAUGGAACCUGUCAAAAUGGCUAUUCUUACUUCAGAGGAUGUGUGGGUGCCCAAGAGUAUAGGUCUGUUGGGUAAAAUGCCUUGGAUCAAUUUGUAUAGUGAUUGGCUCAAGAUUUUACUGGACAAUGUAGUGGGUGUCAGUGGGCGUAAAAGUGAUCAAUCGACCAUUGAUAUUGAAAGUACGAUAAUCAACCUGAUUGAUGAAGUGCCUUUGCCUCCUCCUGGUCGAUUUGAAAUUGGGUUAAGUAUCAACCAAAAACCUUUGUUUUUCUCUAGGCCACCUAUCAACACAGUGCCUAUGUUAAAAGAUUUUUCAUUGUUCCCAUUAUUUCGUUCUUUAUCGCCUCAUUUGAUCUUGGCCGUACUUGAGACAUUAUUGGCUGAAGGUAAAGUGGUCUUUAUCUCUCAGUACUCAGGGAUGCUUUCACUUGCAUGUGAAUCAUUCCGGUACCUUCUUUUUCCUUUUUACUGGCAGUUUGUGUUUAUUCCUGUAUUGCCUCAAAGACUCUUGACUUGCUUACAAGCACCUGUACCUUACAUGAUUGGAUUUCAGGGCACCAUGGCUGAAUUAGAAGAACAUGUAUUAGAAGAAGUCUGUAUCGUCAAUCUAGACAGCAAUUCAAUGCAUCAAAGCCAACGAUCCAUGCUGAUCCCAGAGAGACAAAGACGUAAACUUCAGUCUGCACUUGAGCAAUAUGCUCCUUUGCAUACGAAAUGCAAAAUCCCUUAUGGCGUGCCACUUCCUGUCCAAUGCACAUUUCCUAAAGGAAAAAUGAUACUGAACUGCAGUCGAUCCAGAACGACAGAUGUCUUUAUCAGUCCUGCUGCACGACAACCAAGGGACUCUGAAAGUUCAUCUGAUACCAUCUCGAUCUGGUCACUUUCUCGACCUUGGUCAAGUACUUCAAAUGAUUCGUCCAUGUCGACCUUGCCUCAGUAUCCAGGGUCUGCUAUCUUAUCGACCAGUACGGGUAACUAUGCUUCUUCCUCUUCCUCUUCGUUGCAUAGUCCGCCUGUCAGUCCUGUACAACUCUCGUUUCAGACAUCGCUUUCGACCUCUUCCUUGUCUAAACCACAACAGCGUGUGUCUAUGCCUGCAGUUCAUGCAGCCAAUCCAAACACAGGUACAUUUGAUCACCAGCAUUCGUAUCGAAAAGCCAACUAUAGAAGAUCAGAACCUGUGGAAGAAAACACAAAGAAUCGAUUGUCUGCGUUCAUGUCUAAACCAAGAGCCGUAUUUCAGUCUGAACAUCAGCCUGUGAUGCUAUCCCCUCGUAUCUCUGUCUCCACCCCUCAUAUGACCAGCGAAUUGGAAUACCCAGUAUUCUCACGUCGACUCAAGCAUAUUGAAGGUCAUGUGAUGGUAGAGAUCUUGACUUCUGAACUGAGUCGAUUUCAGGGUUAUCGAUGUGUAUGUGGCAAACAAGUGACAGAGACAGAACAAAAUGAAUACAGAAAGCCUAUUCUGUUCAUGAGCUGUCAAGAAUGCCACUUAGUGACACACGAUGCUUGUACUGAUCAAAUCUUACAUCCUUGUUUACCUGCUUGUUUUGAUGAACAAAAAGUACAAGAUGCGUUUAUUCGGAUGUUUGCAUCUUUACUCUAUAACUAUAGAACAGGAUUUGUUGAUCAUUCAGAAGACAUGCCUUUGGUCAGUACCAAUGAUCCCACUAAGCAAUCCCUAUAUUUCUCUAAAGAAAAGUUUUUGAAGCAUUCAGACAAAGAUACCAGAGCCUUUUUAUCCAACUUGUGUAAUUCACAGAUGUUUACACAGUUUAUUACAGACAGACUGACGAAAUCAAGCCAAGAUCCAGAAAUACUUGUGUUUGAUGAGUAUAUUAAGUUAAAGUUGAAUAGAUCCAAGUUAAAACUAGUCAAAGAAGACACACCCUUCUUAAACGAUGACUCGUUUCGAGUAUCACAAAUCAUUUGGGCCACUCCUCCGCAUGACACUGAUCUAAAAGCAGACUAUACACGAUUCCCUACUCAUCUUGAAUUUGAUCAUAAGCAUUAACAUUUCGUCUAUCCAUCUAUAAAAGAGCCAUUCACUGUCUUACGUGU